AUGGCUUAUAACACAUUAGUCGGAUCAGCAUUGAUUAUUUUGGCAUUGAGCAUGUGGCAUUGUCAGGCUGGUACUAUUACAUGCCUACAACCCGGUCGUGUUUACCAAUGCCCAGCAGAUAAUUGUACGGUAGUUGGCUUCGUUCGGGCAGAGCAGGAUUAUCCAUGUGAUUGCUAUGUUCUCAGAAGACCGAUUCAAAAUGCUGUUACCGAAAAUCCAAGAUGGUAUCAUGCCAGUUUACCAAGUGGCAGAACUGGUUAUGUCAACGCUUUCUUUUGUGCAGGCGUUGUCCCUCAUUGUAAGAUGCGCUAA